UCCGCAUUGUACGUCAUCCGUUGACGUAAUGUAAACACAGGGGCGGAGCUUCAGGAAUCAGUCGGCAGAUAGACAGCAGAAACACACCUAACGACCGGAGGACCGGUUAUCAUACUCCGGACAACAGUAGAAGUGACCGUAUUUAACAAACUUAAACUCCUUUCGUUUUCUUUGCAACGGACUUGCUGUCAAGUACAGACAUCGGUUAUUAAACCAGAUUAGCGGUAAAGUGGACGGGUAACGAAAGCGGAAGAACUUUCAGUUAGCUCAAGUUGUUAGCCGGUGUUAGCUAGCAUGCUAACAGGCUAGCUUCGCUGUCAUGCCUGGAGUUUCUCGAGAUUUCACGUCGUAAACGAGAAUUCCUAGUGGUUAGCGUGUUAGCUUUAGCAGUUUGUUCCACCACGGAGGCGUAGGCACUGAGGACUUGGGGAAUAAGUGACAGGUCUGAGCUAACACACAGCUUUCCUUACGGAAAACUCUGCUCCUUCUUCUUCAGCUGGAGACUUUCUGAUGAGAUGACAGGGAGCUUGCCAUACUGAGUCUCUACGAAAUGGUCGUGCUGUAAUAUAGCUUUAACAUAAGAUCCCAGCUCACAAGGAGGAGUGUCAGCCUUUUUCUUUUUGCCAAAAAAACCCGUCAAGACUGCAGAAAUGCUGACUGACAGCAGGAAACGACACCGUAGCUGUGACAGUGAGGAGGACCAACAGCUGAGCCCUCAGGCCAAGAGGUCAGGAGGGGGUCCCAGCCUGCUUGUGUCAGAUUUAGAUUCAGAGUCUUCCAGUAGUGACAGCAGCAAUGGGAUCAGCAGCCCGGAGAGAGGCAUAGUGGCCACCACCAGGCCGUGCAUUCACAGCCACAACAACCGCAUCCCCCAGUGCUCCCUCAGCCCAAAGCCAGAAGACUCCCGUAGCUCCUUGCAGCACGGUUUCCAUGGCGACGGCAGCAGGGUCUCUUACGACUCCAUCAACAGAGUCCUGCGGGAGGCGCACUUCAGCAGCCUGCAGACCAGAGCGCGUCCGGGCUCGACAUGACCUUGACCUCCGACCCCAUCUCCUGACCUUUAGUCCCUCGCCCAUCACUGCUGAAUAUCCUGGUAUGGGGGGGGUCUUGUCCUUGAAAAAAAACUCACCCGUUUCCGGGGGGAGGGGAUGAUGUGUGGGGAGGUUUACAGAAAUUUUGGGCACAAAGGCUCAUCCCCACCUCACCAUGUACCAUUUGUCAAGACCAUAAGCACAUCCGCCUGUCAAUGGCCCAGCCACUGUGGUUUCUGUGCAGUAUUGAUGUGUUCUGUUUGGGUGUGUGUGCACGCACCCUGUGCACUUUAUAAAGAGGUAUCGUUCUCUUUACAUGCGUGCGUUGAUGUGUGGACAUUUUCAUUGGUGCUAAUCACAAGAAACACGUGAUGAUCCAAAGUGCUUGCAAAACGAAAUAAAGCUAAGCACUUUAAUCAGUAACUCAUUCUGUUUACUCUCGGCUGGGGAAGGCGGCCGCAUGCUUGUCUGUGUUGGGGGGGAGGGUUGUUGUGAUUCAAGAAGGAAGUCUAUGGAGGCCAAGGACUCCCACCCACGGAGUAUUAUUGAACAAAUCCAGUCAAAUUAAAUAUUAGGGCUUCUUUAUUUCUCUCCUAUCAAAGUGGCAAACUUAAAGAAAUAAUUCACCCACAAAAACACUUUGGUAAAUCAAAAUGCACGAUAACGAGAUCAGAACUGUGUCAAAUCAUCCGUUCUCAAACUCUCAUUUAAUGAAACUUGGAUAUUACUGCACACGAUUGGCAAUAAUCGGUAAAUGAUCGAGAUUUUUGAAAAUGUUUGACUCUUCUUUCACAUUUGGAUGUGAGAAACACAAAUCCAAGGUAACACGGUGAGAGUAAUUGAUAUCCAAAUGAUUAUUCUGGGGGUUUUCCGCUCUAAAUUAAAGUGUAUUUAAACAUGCUUUGAGUGUUUGUGGCAGGUCAGUGGGUCCGAGGUAAAGGAACAGAUGAGCCGCUCCACCAAAACCCAACCUCAGAUUAGACGCCGGCUAAUUAUAGAGCCGUGAGAGAACGGGACUCGGGCAGCGUGAGGAACAGAGCGUCACUAAAACAGCCUCAAGAGAAGAACGCUGUGUGUGUAACGUUUUACACAUCGUCUGAGUGUGUAUACGCCUGUCAGCCAUACCUGUUGUAUGUAUGUAUGUAUGGUUUGAGAAUGACCAGUACACUGUGUUGCAAAUAAAAUGAGAGAUGUGAAAGGGACUCAUAUUUUAUGUAAUAUUCCUAAACACAAGACUGAAGAAUAAAGGUGUUGCUGAAAGCUG